AUGGAUAGUAAUGAUUUGCUAUCACAAGCCUUUUGGAUUGAACUACGUGAUGAUAUUCUUUAUGUAUUAGACAAACCAAAUGAUGAACCAAGUAUGGAUAGUAAAUGGAAUCGUUUUCUCAAAAGAAUGAAUUUCGAAGCAAGACUAGAACAACGUGAAUUACAAAUGAAACAAAUUAUAGGAGAACGAAAGAGUUUAAAACUUAAACGAAUCACCACGGAUAUGCGUCAACCACCUGAUAUUCCAACCAAGCCAUUUUUAUUGAUGAUUAUGAGUUGUUCAAAAGAGUUACAAGUCUAUCUUACAGAACACCUUCGUCUAUUUGUUAACACAGACAAUGAAAUUGAAAAUAAAAUUAAAGAAGAAUAUGUUGGUAUCAUUAUUAAAUGGAUUAUUGAAAGUUCAAUUAUACUUAAAACAAGAGAAAAUUUUUCAGUAGAAUUCUACAUCUAUAUUUUCGAAUUAAUGCAUGAUCGACAAUUUCCUCGGGUUCACACGACAAUUGUUAAUGCUCUUAAUUCAAUAUUCUCACUUGAAAACAUAAAGAAAGAGAAUGUUUUUAUGCAAGAUGAUAUAGUUGUCAAUUUAGAAAGAAUAAUUUCUUCGUGGUUUACAUAUACCGAAGAUGUUGUAAUUGUUUGUUUAUUAGCUUAUGGUAACUGUCUACUGACAUUACAAAGAUUUCACACAAGUCGAAAUAUUUCUGAUGAGAUAAAGAGUGUACUUAUUAAUCUUUCUGAUACAUCAUCUUCAGAAAUAAUCUCUAUCAGAGCUACUAUUUGUUUAAUUUUUGCAGAAAGCUCAGAUAUAAAGUUCAAUACAAUAUCAAACUGUCUCAAAAACAAAUGGAAUAUGACAUCUCAAGAGAGAUACAAAUUAUUGUUUCAACUAACGUUAUGUCAACAGGCCAAUAUAAUACUCGGUAUAAUGGAAUACGAGAACAAACUUGUCGAACUCCUAGAAACACAUUUUGCUGAGCUUAUUGACAUGUUUGUUGCUGAUCUAUACAACUAUCUGUGCAACAAGGAUAGCAGCAACUAUCUUGCUGAUUCUGUACCUAAUUAUGCUAAAAUAGCUUUGUUACUCAGUAAAAAAAAAUCUAACGAAUUUUGUAAUGCCGUGCGAAAUAGUUUUUUUGGCGAAAAUGAGUUCAAAAGAAAACUUAGUCUGCAUUGCAAGCGUAAUCUAGAAGAUAGACAAACAGUAAUAAAGCUUUAUACGAUUUUCGGUAUAGUUACAAUGGAAUUUCUUGGUAUGUUAGAAUGCAUUGAUGAUGACGAGGUGUCUUUAACGGAUAUCUACGGACAGUAUCUCAAACAAGUGUCUGAUCGAGAUGUUAUCGACAAGUUACUUCAACUAAUAGAUUUAACGAUGUUAGAGAAUCAGUUACGUGCUUUUUUACAGAUUUUGCAAUCUCUCGCUCAAGUUGAUGCAAUAUCUUUGUUAGAAGUGCAUCAAAGAACUUCAAUGAUCAAGAAUAUUCCUUGCGAGGAUGAUGUAACGAGACUCAACAAUGAACAUAUUAUUUUUCAUCGGUUAUCAAAUCUUACUUGCUUUGAAAUGGUUUGGCCACAUUAUGAAAAAUUUUUCACAGAGAGCAAUGUUGAAGAAGAAUUUGAGAGAGAAAUCUACUAGGAAUUUCACAAAAAUUUAUUUGUAUUUUUUUACAAGGAAUUUUUUCUCUCAGCAACAUUCAUUCGAUUUUCAAUAAUCCAAUCUGGGAUGAUUGUCUUCGUUUUCCACCACACUCUUGCACCAAUGCAUAUCUUUUUUUGUAAAUGUGACCAUGAUUAACUGUCGUCAACUUUUAGAUUUUUCGAAUAAAACUUUCUAUUAAUUUCAUUAGUUUUUAAACUUUUGUGUUGUCGUGAUAGUAGAUUAUUAUUUUACUUGAUUUGAAAGAUGGAUCUAGACUGACAUUGACUGUGAUUAGAUAUUGUUUGUCUAGAUUUGAUUUUCACCUGUUCAUAAAGUUUUUCAAUAUUGAUUAAGGAAAUUCUUGAUAAAAUUUGGAUAAAUUCUACUUUGAAUGAAAUGGAAUUAUUUUCCAUAAAAAAAUAAAUUCGGAAAAUAUUGUCAAAAUGUUGCUAUUCGAAUGAAUCGACUACCUAACAAGGUAUCUCAUCUUUCACUAAAGUCAUUCUCAGAUGAUUUUUAGUUUUCUGUUAAUUACGUCUAUGAAUUUGAUAUUUAUUUAUUUCUAAGAAUAGAAUUAUUUCCAGUAGUCAAUAACUAAAGAAAUGAAAGUAAAAUUCUCAGUUCAAACAUUCAACCUAUAUGAUAGUGAAAAUUGAGUCUGUAUCGAUGUUCCUAUAAUUGAAGCAAACUCAUCGAACGCGUCGUCUUACCAUUUAUCCCAUUAGAAGUGUGGUGACCGUUGCAUCGCCGUGUAUGCAUUUGCUCCAGAGAUGUGCAUGACAGUGCGGCAGCGGCAAGUUCUCAACCGCGGUGGACAUCUGUGUGAUACAUUAUAGAAACAGCAUGAUAGAAAAAUAAAUCAAAUUAAUCAUCAGUAGAUAUAUUAGAUAUCUAAAAAUAAGAGAAUAAUGGAUGAAGUAUUUAUGCUGCAGGUAAUAUAUUGAAUGUUUUCACCAGUUACUAUACACUAAAAUUUAAACGAUUAAAAAUUCUUUUAAAAAUUUUAAAGCAUCCGUAAUGGAUUAAAAUAUGUAGUUUUCGGGAUUUGUAAGGCGUUAUUAUGUGGAUGUUGACUGUUUGAGUAUUUUCUUGUGGACUCUUUUAACUUUUUUCUUUAUAGAACAGCACGGAAAAAUUUAGUUUCAUCUUUUGAAUCGUGAAAAUCAAAAAUAGUAGUUCAACUUUUUUCUUGCUUUUUGGGAGGGUAUGGGUGUUUGUUGCAGACACAUACCCACUUACCCACACCCACCCACCCACACCCACACCCACACCCACACCCACACCCACACCCACACACCCACACCCACACACACACCCACACCCACAACUACCCACACACACCCACAACUACCCACACACACCCACACCCACACCCACACCCACACCCACACCC